AUGAAAACAUCCGCCGACAAAAGAAGACGCACAUCGAUGAUGGAUAUCAAGGUGGGGGAUGUAGUUCUCUGCAGAAAGGAACGGAAAACAACAGCUUGAAGCCCACAUAUCACCCGGUUUUACACGUGGUGACUCAGACGACCAAGAAGUGUUCGAUACGGAUGUACCUCUGGCUAGAGUUUUGGCCGUUUUCCGGCUAACGAUUUUGAACUCCAUUGAGCCCCAAAUAUAUAUGCAUGCAUAUAGCCGCGUAGACCGUUCGACACAAUUAAUGACACUAACAAAUGAAUUUCAGUAUUGAAUUGGUUAAUUAUCGAAACUUGAGUUGUUGUAAGAACCCUCCUCUCAUUCUCAACAACUUGAGACUGAGAGGAGUUCAGAAACAUUAUCAAUGAUUUUUAUAGAGCCGUUUGAUUAACGUAAUAACUGUAAUUAUUUUCUCCCACAGGUCAACAAAGCACUUCAAGAUUUAGCACAUGAUGAGAACUCGGAGAAAGAUGAUGUAAAAAUGCUGGAAAAAUCUAUAGAUGAGUUUAUAUCAGCCUUAAUAGACCCUCUAAAAGUUGACCCCGAUACCAAAAAAUCAUUUCAAAGUUGUUUUGACGAUGUGAUUGACAAGGCAAUCGACACAGAGCAGAAGAAGGUACUACACUAAUGAUAAAAACGUUUCUAGUCAAUUCAUCAUACUCCACCCCUAUAGAAGAUUCUAGUGGGAAAGCUGCUGCCCAUCUAGGCAACUUGGUACCCUUCUCAAAGCGUAAUAUAAUGCCAUUCCAAUAAACAGAACGUCAUUUCAACGUCAUUCUACGGCGAGGAUAGUUUUUGGAAAAAGAUCGGAUCAAAAUUUUGUUAAUGGUGACAUGGAGCUCUCCUGUGAUAAAUCAUGAGUAAGAACUAAUCUAAAUUCAGCUUAUUGUAUAAAGUGAUAUAUUGACGAUUUAUUUUCGCAGUUCAUCUCUCACCCAGUGGUGUAUGACUUGCUCAACACUACAUGGUACCGCUCCUUUUUCUCAACAAGAAAGAAAUCAUGGCGGUCACCUGGACGCUGGGGAUACUUUUUUCUCAACCUUUGGACAGUGUUUGACUUCGUCUUGUUUCCCUUCCUCUUUGCCAUUUUCUUCGUUGUGCAUUUGAUAAAACGGGUCUUGAGGAGAAGAAGAGGUUUGUCAUAUAGUUUUUUAACAUUCAUUAAAGUAGUUAACAUCUUAUAGUAGAUGGUAAUGCGUUUUUACUUCCCUAGGCAAGCGCUAUGGUGGUCAAGGUUUGGACCUGGAGAAGGGAAGGGUGAUAGCAUUGCCGUAACUCACUCCUGCCUCCUUAAAACUGAGUUACCACGUCAGUUCAGUCCUCCCAACUGACACAACACAGGAUUCCUAGCUGUAGCUAUGAAACAUAAAAUUCUUUAAGUUAUAGAACAUUAUUCUUGAUCGUUAUCCAGUCCUCGCGAUGAUUUGUUGCAUGACCUUUGAAGCCUUACGUGAAAAAGUUCACCUUAAGUCGUCAAUUUGGCUUAAAUUCAAAAUUUUUAUUUAAUUUAGGUUUUGGCCAAUGAUUAGUGAAGGGCUAGUUAUUUACAGUUUAUUUCCGUUGUGAGAUAAACUGUGGGAUUAUUUGUAGGCCUGUUAUUUGUUCUCGUUAGAUCAUAACAGUCAUAAGAAUUGUUGUGACCGUUAUGUCGCCACUGGAACCAAGUCUCGAAAUUAGAUACCAGCAGCUACUGGGGAGUUGUUUAGAUGCAUAGCGUCAGUUGAGGUAUGUUUUUUUUAACUCAUUGGUUUGAUGGCAUAGCGUCUGAUGCUUUUCUUAACUUGCAGAAAUUGAAAUGUGUUUUGUUUCGACGCUGGACAAGGAUGGGCCAAGAGAGGAAUUUGAUCUAAUCAAAAAGACGAUGAACUACAUCAUUCAGGAAUAUGGCUACCAAUCUGCCAGCUACUGUGAGAUUUUACGUAAAAACAACAAAUUGAUUGGUGACAUGAACUUUGAAACGAGUUGCACUGGUGAGGCCACACUGCAUAAUAGGAUUGUCGAGUUAGAGCAGCCAAGCUCUCCUGCUCUACUCUCUGAAUAUCUCGAAGCUGUUUAUCGUGUAUUCAGAACCCCAAACGUUCGAGAAGAAGCUAAGAAGGUGAGGUAUGUCCGCGUGUGACUGAUUUCCGCUGCUCUGUCGAGUUCGGUGAGUCAACAAGGGAGAAUGGGCUCACUUUUCAACCAUUAGCUGGUUAUUGGGCCUUGUUAAGGUAACACUUGCGAUUGUAAGUUCGGUGACAAUUCUAUGUAGUAACACUGCAAAGGAAUAAGGGUACCUCCAAUAAUGUACUCACUGUGAAAGGUUUUUGCUCUCUAUCAUUUUAUUCGACCUGUGUUGCUUGUAUUGCCUGCAGCCAUUUGAAAAAUCAUGUUCAACUUUGAUUGAUUUUGAUGAUCGCACGCUGCAUUGAUAUAUGUUUCAAACGGAAACAAUUAUUUUUCGUCUCAUUUUCUUCCUGGAACGAAGUCAAGGGAGUCAUUGAGAAAGGGCAAAUUUUGCGUUUCCUCGAGCUUCAAUGUCUCCUCGACUGAUAUUGCGACUUGUUGUUUUCCUUUGGAAAAAAACAUAAAGUGUGUAGUGUGAUUUCCAAAUACUCUUAUACGAAUAUUUCCCCCCUUUGAUUUAUGAAUAGUGCUGUAAAGUUAGGUGUCAAAGUAAAGAAGCUGAGCACAACGGUUGAUUUGUAGAUAUACAUAUACUAUCUUUAUAACUGGACAUAGUUCAGUCAAAUUAGAGCAGAGAAAGAAAUCGAUUGCUCGGUGACUUUCCUAAACCUUUCACCAAAUCAACUUUUUUAAAGCUUAUUCAUUCAUUAAUUUAGUAAUUCAUCUUACUUAACAUUAACAUCUCUAGUUAUCAGUUGUGUAGACAUAUUAAAUAAGUGGCGAGCCAGACAGCCUUGAUAAUACUGACAUAAAGGAGUCAAAAAGUUUCAAGAAAAUCAGCAAUACUUGGAAGAAUCAAGUAAUAUUGAUCAUAACUGAUCAACCUUGUGAGUUUGGUGCUAAAAAUUACACUAAAUAUCUUUUUAAAUCUUAGUUUGAUUUUUCAUCAGGUUGUCGUGUUUUUUCUUAAUUACACAUUGGAUAUGUCAAUGGAAAAAACUGUGGAGCUACAGAGAUUAGUAAAGGAUAUAAAGGAUAUGCAAGUUAACAUCAUUCCCGUCGGUAUUGGGGAGAACGCCAAAUUAUCAGAAUUAAAAUGGAUGGCAACUAAAGAUGGCACAGCACUUCACUUUGGAGAAUACGAGUCACCCGAGACGUUAGGGACAGCGGUCAUACAAGGUAAGUUGGCGAGGUUUAACAUUUCUUUACGAACCACACCUCCUCAGAAUAAUUAAUUUCCUAUGUUAUGUCGGAAAGAAAAAGAAAGUAUUACAUCCCGUUGUUACAGCUUGAAUAGUAAGUGUUUUUUAAACGGUGACGUGAUUUAAAGGCUCUAACAUCUCCCUCCACUGGCUUUAUCAUAUCCAUGUUUAACUUUUCUUGCAGGUAUCGAGGGAAAGGACAUCUAUGGUGAGGACAGGCCUGUUUGGUAGCUAUAUAUUCAUAGACCGUUGAAGAUUUUUCUCCAAUAAGUUUUGACAGAUUGUCAGCACUCUUUGAAUUUUCUUUCGAGAGUAUCCAUUCUAAGCUAGCGUCUCACUCCUUGUCUUGCAGAGAGAUACAAAGAUUACUUUACGACUCCUUAUUUCGUCUUUUGUCGCGACACGCUGAGCUAUAUCACCCUCCUCGUCCUUCUAUUCGCUCUUUGCCUGUCCCCUUCAACUCUUUCCUUCAGUCGACUAGAAUUGGUUAUAUCAGUUUUCUUCGUGGGACGCAUUAUAAUGGAGAUAGAGCAGUUUAUCAUGAUUAGGCAUGAAAAGAACGGAGUGAAAGCGCGCAAAGGGAAGAGAAAUAGUGUCGGAUCCACCCGCCAAGCAUGUUCAGCUGAGGAUCCACAGGAGACAAACGAGGCAGGAAAUGACAGCAUUUUGCUAAAGACGUUUACUGGUUACUUCAGGUAUCUAAUUUUUUGAUCGGUUUAUUUUACUUUUGGAGAAUUCUAGAUUCUCAAACAUGUAAAGGGCAUACAUCUACGUGACCAGUGACCACAUGAAUUUAACUGACGAAAAAAAGGUAACCAUCUUGAUAAGGUAACAAAAUUGAGCACUAUUGACUGCUUGGGUGCUGCAGUAUAGCCCACUGUUCAUUGUCAAGAGCUGCAUCAAUCAUGAUAGAAUGCACCAUUUUGAAUGCUUGGGUACAUUAAUAGGGGCCAGUAACAAAUGUUUUGGUACGCCAAUACGAACCCUCGCUCAUUGUUUUGCCACAUCGAUUGGGGCUACUUCACAUUAGUUGGGUAGACCAGUAUGUGAACCACGAGUCGCCUUCUAGGUGUAAUAAGAAGGGCCACUUUAAUUUAUUUAGGCACAACAGUAUGAGUAUCUUUUGAUUUUUGGAUACACUAUUAUGGGCCACUGUUAUUUGUUUAGUUACACCAUUACGGAAUGAUAUUCUUUUUUUUAGGUACUUUCAGGUCACAAAUUGGGUUCUACCCAUGACGAGACAUUGAAAAUGACCGUACCGCCGAGGUUCUCAUUGACAAUCUACAUACUAAAGUUUUAAAUUAAGCAACAUGAUAAUGAUUUUGAAACUAACUAGGCAAAAAUCUAACAAGCAAGGAAAAAAAAAUUGGUAAACCAACAGUUUAAAUCUUCCAUUUGUAAAAAAUGUAACAGCAUCAUUCAUACGUAAACCUAUUCUCUUGCAUGUGAAUGACGUACGCUCUGUGCAUUGACUAUGUUUAUUUAUGCUCUUCUAAUGCAGUUGAUAUUCAUUAUAUCUAUAGUGACCGCUGGAAUUUGCUUGACUUCGUCACUCUUGUUUUGUACCUGAUUACCAUUAUAUUACGCAUAAUCACAUUAAGGAUCUCCACUGACGUAUCUGAAAACAGACCCUUGAUUGUGUCGGAGUAUUUCUAUGGUUUUAUUGCCAUGUUUCUUGCACUAAGAGCCUUUGGUCAAGUCAUAGAGCGCUUGCGGAAAAUGGGUACAAUACAAAUCGCCCUAUUCUUUAUCAUGUCUGAUGUCUUGGGGAUAUUUUGGCAGUUUGUGGCUUUGAUACUGGCUUUUGCGCUGCCCAUUACAAAGAUUUAUAUCGCUGAGAAAGCUUAUACUUCAGGAAGAGAUUCCGCGGAAGAUUUGUGAGUAGAAAUUAUGAUCUUGCCAAGAAAUCUUCGAACCCAUAAAUAACAGAUUCUAACUUGUUGUGCUUAUUCAUUUUUUUACUCUUAUUUUCAUAGUGUGAAUGUUUUUUUUUAAGUUGGGAUGGGAACCUCAUGUGUGUCUAGGCGCCCAAAGAAAGUGACAUUUGGCUAAGAGCUAAUCAAGUGAGAUUUAGUUUUUGGAUGGGAAGCGUAACAGGAGUUUAAAACUACUUACACCAGAGUGCCAGACUUUCUGUAAAGAGCGAGAUUUUUUUACUAUCUUUGUGACUCUGUGUAAAUUUUAAUCCUUCCUUUUCUCCUAGUAUUUCAAGGGUAUGCAGUGAACCAGGGAUACUUUGGUAAGAGUAAAACUAUUGUUGUUUUUCAUUCCAAAUUUUAACAUCGUGUACUGAUCCUAAAUACAUCGAAUCACGCGGUAUCUUCGCAAAACUUGAAUUCUGCGUUUUAAAUGCUUCACAAUCAAUUAAGACUCAUGGUUGUGAGCUGAAUUUGUGAGGCAAAGGAGGCAGCGACCCAGUGCGUCAGCUAGGUUUUACUAGUGUUAAUAAAUAAUGAACGGCUGGCUACCUGUCGUUUCCCUGAGGAAAGGCAAACUUAGGUCUCCCGAGGGGGGGUGGGGGAAAGUGAAAAAGAAAACGCGUGUUUUAUAGAACAGGUUCCACUGUAAUCCUUCGUGUUUCACCAAAAUUUGUCGUUUUUCGACAUGAAAACUUUCAGGGAAGACGCCAUUAAUUUUCGUGGCAGUAGAUCUAGAGUUACGAAACAAGAAGUAGAUCCGAGUUUGAAGUAACCCUCUUUGCCUUCCAUUUCUCUCGGGGCCUCGCCACUCAAAACUUGCACAAGUAGCCUGCUAUUCAGUUUCUCCUGUGAAAUUGAAUAACAGGCAUCGGGGCACCUGUGACUCGAAAGCUACCGCAACGCGGAUGUUCAGAAAUAGCUAUGGCGGUCAUACUGCUCUCAGUUGAAAAAUUGAAUGAAUGAUUUGUUUAUCUAACUACUUGCUUUUGAAACUGUUCUCUAGUUGGUGGGACAUAGCGACACACCUAACCUGGUCCUUGCUGGGUUUAGCUGAAGUGGAUAAGUUGGACGCCACCGACUUUCCUUCCGUUUUUUUUAUUCGUCUGCUGUACGGCUUGUUCUUAAUCAUGGUAGUUGUUCUUCUCGUGAACAUGAUGAUUGCUUUGCUCUCCAAUACGUAUCAGCAGGUUCAGGUACUAAACAGAUCCCUGCCAUCACGGAAUUAAUUUAUACUUAUCAUAAUCCAGAAUUAAGAGAAUAUGGGCUCUUUUCGGCAAAAGGUACCAAAUAAUUUUCGUUGAUAAGCUUCUAUGAUCACUUAAAAAUCUAUUUUGGCCAACAAUAUUAUGAUCCAACUGGUUAAAAAAGUUCCAUAUCGUACCCAUGUUGUUUCUCUGUAAGAAUGAUGAUCAGCCCAAGAGGAACAGCUCAAGGUUCCCGUUAAUGAUAUUGGCGACCUUAAGCAGUCAGGAAGAUGUAGAUCAAUAAAAUAGAUCUAUAUUUUUGGUUAGAAUUUUGCGAGUGGCAGGAUGUGUUUACUGUCUCUUACGGCGCCCCACCUCAGCUUCAACUUAACGCGUAUGAGCAGCCUUUAGUUAGAAAGGGAAACUUGAAAGAUUUGCCGUCGGGGUCUCCGCUCUCAAACCACGAAAAUUUUGGUGAUUUCACGACGUUGUUUUGCAGUGGAGGGCCAAGAAAUGUAAACAGUUCUACAACGCACUUGCUGAGCUAUUGUUCACUGGAUCUCUCGUUGACCCAUACGUUGCCGAUGGCGUUGCGGCUUGCUUAAGUUCCCUAUUCCUUUUGUGCAGCGCGUCCGAAAUUGGAUUCGUAGUUUUGGAGUUAAAAUUUGAGGAGUUUUUUGUAAAAAAAAUGAUAUGGAAUUUUAUUUCUUGUGUAUGAUAUGACAGUUUUUCUCCCGCUGAGGGAGUGACGCCUGUUGUUCUUAUUUACUGGUACGUCCUUAGAUGCUGUUAAGUCCCUCUUUUUGUCUCUAUUAGGAUAAUUCACUGCAUGAGUGGUCUUUCAAGAGAGCCAUUAUUGUUAGGACUUACAGUAAGAGUCAUCCAAUACCAGUGCCUUUCAACAUUUUGUCUGUCCCACUAAUGUUACUCUGGAACAUCUUUUAUCCGUGUUGCACAUCGUCUGAAACUCGUGGUUUGGAUGAGGAAGGGCGGGUAAGCUGGUAACGCGUGCUAAUCAACUUUUUUUGAGUUUUUAUUGUUUUGUUGUUAUUGAGAGCUAUCGUUCAUGUCCGCUCAGUUAUUUUACUUUCUGUUUCAUUUCUGCUUUUGAUUUGAAAUUUCUUUGAUUCGACAGAGAGGAACCCUGAAUAAAUUGGUGAAGAAGCUAGAAAGAAGAUACAUUGAGAAGUACGGUUAUGAAUUUCCCCUCACAGGUAGGGUGAUAUGCUCGAGUAGUGUUCAUUACUGCGAAGAUCCCUUUCAUAUUCAUAUGAUUUUGUUAACACCAUUCAAAACAGGCUAAGUUAAUGGGUGGUUUCUAUCUUUUUUUAGAGGAAAGAAAGAUGGAUCACUUGGUUAGACAAAAUGAAGGAGGUCGGAAAAUGACUAAUCAGAUUGUACGGGAAGUAUUCCAAACGCAUGGAAACAAGGCGAAGAAACUUGCGUUUGGCCAAAGUGUGAGUAUUUUUCAGGCCCACAGAGGUUCCCCACCACACUUCAUAGACCUUACUACUACUCCACGAGGAGAAACCUUUUUUAUGUUUUUUAUUUUACAAAAAAAUUUUUCCUUCAUGCAACUUUAAAUGUCAAACGGGGAAAAGUACUGAGUACACUUUGUGUCGUAUUUCCCUCUUCUUCUGAAGCUUUUGAAGUAGAUUUGGGAUGUGUGCGGUUGUGAGUACUUUAAAAUGAUGUUCAGUUUUAACUGAGUUUUUUGAUUAUGCAUAAAAAUCUAGUAAAAGAUAUAUGAGCAUAUAGAUAUACACAACUACAUUUGCAGAGUUGUGUAAUUAUUUUUGUCUGUGUCUCUUUGCCUCACUUUUGGGUACGUACCUCAUGUAACAGGAAUUUUGUUUGAUCAUCAUUUGAAGGCGUGGGAUAACUCGCAGGGAAUUGCUGUGGAUGGCUGCCUCCUAACUUACUUAGGACCUGAUUUCUGCGAAAAGUGCCGCGAAGAUGGAAAGCGUACCAAAAUUCACAGUGCCAAAUUAAAUUCUCCCUUUACAGAAGAGACACCACGAUUUGAGGUGAGGGUUUGAUUUACACACACAGACAUACCUACAUACAUACAUACACGCACACACACAGACAGACAUACAUGCUUACACACACACAUUCAUAGUUUACCAUAUAGCCCCACCCCCACUCUUAGGAGCUCCUCCGCCAUACGAAGAAAACUAUUUGCGAACAACAUAUGUCGAUCACAUAAUUCCUGCUACACGGUGAAAUCUCUGGGAAAAGCGACAUAAGUACACCUCUUCUUGACCUUUUUCCUUUUGAAAGCCCAGGUGCUUAUAACUUUUCUUUUGUAGGCGCUCUUACUUGUUUCUAGUUUAGAGAACUAUGAUAUACUUACUUUAAAGAGUGAGCUUAGUGAGGUGUUCAUAGUUGAAAGACGAGACCGUCAUCUUUUUGCAGGUACUCAUUCAGGGGACUGGAGAGGGGCGCAUUAUAGCACUAGGUGUUUUGAAUGAAGAUUUCGACUGUCACAAAAUACCUGGUUGUGGUAUUGGAACAGUUGGUUACCAUGUAGACGAUGGGAAAAUAUUUGAAGGUGGCUACCCUGAAGUGGGAAGAGAGAUUGAAGGUAUGGGUUACUUUGACUGCAGGUCACGCAUCUACUCAAAUUUUUACGGAGGUUUCGUCCCGUUACAGUCUUUGUUAGUUCUCCUUGAAGUAAAAUGAGUUGGCCCCUACCCUUACCAGUUCGCUCCUAAAUCUUUCCACUCGUUCUCUGACGGUAGAAUAUAUACUCCUUCUCUGGUGAAAUCAAGUUACGUUUCAAACGUGUGAUUGUUUUUUCGGAGAAGGAUGGAGUUCGAAAGCUCGAUAAGUUGUAGUGAAAUGCCUGGCACAACGACGCAGGAGUGCGAGUAUCAAACUACAAAAUACGUAUGUUGGUCAUUGCUUUAGAAUGUGUGUUGUCUCCUAAAGAGGCCGUUUUAGUCUAGUUUGUUCAUAAAAGUGUUUCGUGAAAUUUUCUGCGAACACUAGCAUAAAAUAGUGUGAACCACGUUAGAUAAAGAGCGGAAUAAUGCAGCGACUUUACAUUACUUGUUCGGUAGUCGUGCGUCAUUUCACACGGCUGAUAAUUUUCAUGUUGAUAGAAGUUUUUUUAUGGUUUUGCUGUGAAAUUUCAUGUUGAUCGAUAUAAAUGAAGAUUUCAGAAAAAUAUGUUCUAUUGAAGGUGACAAGUUGAAAGAUUUUGGGGGUGAACUGGUAAAGGGGAGGGGGGGCGGCGGAGCUUGCUUUACUGCAGGAGACGAACUCAAAGAUGUUUUAGGGGCGAAUUGGUAAUGGGGCGAAAUCUCCAGUUACCGACUAACAACUUUCUGAUGGCGCUUGAAAACGCAUUCAAGGUUUUACUGUCGUCCUUAAUCCAACCUUGCAACAAUAAAUAUCUGAUUUCAGAGAAGAAAGAGAUUAGAAAUGUUAGUUUGUAAACGUUAAGGGGUUCAAUUUGAAUUUUACCCAAUGUUGUUACACCUUAAGUUAACUUUGUUUAAUUUGUUCUCUUUUUGCUGUGUUCUAAAUAUCUUAUGUUGAUGACUUAGGAGCCGUGGCUUACCGCGGCGAUCUCAUCGCUUGUGAAGUUGAUUUUAAAGAAGUCCCUGAUGGUAAAAUCUCUGUGUUGUUCUCCUUGAACGGUGAAGAAGUAGGGCGUUCUUCAGUGGAGUAUAACUCUAAACAAACUCUAUAUCCCAUCGUCUCAAUGGGAUCUCCAGGCAUUAAAGUGCUGGCAAAGGUAUGUUCGAAAUAGGGGGAGAGGGAGGGUGGGGGAGAGGGAGGGUGGAGGAGGGGGAGUGUGAUGGGCUAGAAAUCAAAGCUUUAAAUGGUUGGGCUUUAUUAGUGAUCUGCUAACAUAUCAUACCUCGGCACGCUCCCACGGCCUCAAGGGAUUGUUUCCUCGGCCAAUUGGAAGCAUAAGGCAAGGGAGCUCUCUUUGUGGCAGCUCUCAAACUCUGAAAUAAAUUACUCGCCCUGUUUAUAAUUACAAAAAAGUGUUUAAGCUAAAUGUGUCUGUGCCCUGAUUGACCAUACGGGGUGACCAGGCGAAGGAGGCAUAUAUCACAUAUCAUAAUGACCAUCGCCAUCUUAUUUUCUUUGUCAACUUUUAGCGAUUAUUUUUUAAUUUGAGACGUACGAUUUCCUCACGUUUUAGAUGUGCUAUCGAGACCGUUUCAAUAGAGUAACAACUGAAGACAUUCAGAAGGAAAUUAAAAUUCUGCAGGAUAAUUUUCAGGAUCUGAAGAGGAUGUUGCUGGAUCUGAGAAAGAAGUAGAGGAGAAAGAAGGGGCAGGAAAAGUUUUUAAGAAACUGCCAUACAUCAGGUGAUGAUGUAAAAUCGUGCACUUUGAUGGAUAUGGGAGUUGACCAGCUGUAAUCUUGGAUAUCUGUGUGUCGUCGUUAUUUUGAAUAAAUGAAAGGAUGCAUUUUAAUGCAAACUUUAUCUAUAGCUGUAAAUUAUAUUUCUUGUAAAACUGCAAUGCAGUUUACUUAUUUACGAAGAGUAGAGAAGGUAAAAAUCCAUG